AUACAAUAUUAAAAAUGUCUCUAAUAUUCAGGUUAGCUGGUCAAAGAUGUGGUCCCCAAUUUUUGAAAAAUAAUAGUGGAAUAAUUACCUGUGUACGACCUGUAACAUUGAAAGCCACUAACGUCUCAAGCCCAAAAGAGGAAGGACACGAUGAACGUAACAUGAAAUUGGGAAGGCCUCAGUCUCCCCAUUUGACCAUAUAUGCUCCCCAAUUAACUAGUCUGUUGUCUAUUACUCACAGAGCUACAGGUAUGGCAUUGUCGUUUUAUGCAAUUGCCUUUGGUCUGACAGCUGCUGUAGCACCUGAAUCAAUUCCAGCAUAUAUUGACGCUAUCGAAUGCGCAGACUUAGGGGCAGCAACCAUCGCUGCAGCGAAGUUUGUGUUAGCUUUUCCCAUGACUUAUCAUUUCUGGAAUGGUAUUCGUCAUCUUUUAUGGGAUACUGGAAAGUUCCUCACUAUUGGUGAAGUAUAUACUACUGGAUAUAUAAUGCUUGCUCUAUCAAUUGCUUCUGCAAUUGGUCUUUGUGUAAUGUAAUUUAUAUUAGUUGAGAACUUUUUUUUUUGUUAUGACCGGUAUUAUAUUAUAUUAUUUUCGAUGAAAAAUCUGUUAUUGUGUUAAUUUUUUUUUCAAAAUAUAUUUGU